AUGAAACACUCUCAGAAGAAAGCAGCUGCCCGCAAAGGCGCACAGUCUAAAAACUCUGCAGGUAGUCCACCAGUUGGCGAAAAUGAUAAACAACCAGCUACCAACACCUCGAAUGGCCAAAGUAAUCCCGGAACCGUCAUUGACUCCAAAUACAAGGAAUCUACCCAAAACCAUCCUUCAUACUCGUUGGAUGAAGAAGCUGAACGUAUUCUUUUGCUAGAUGAACAGAUCCAUGAUUCGGGGGAUAUGGAUCACAACACCAAGGUCGCUUUAAUGAACGAAUUUUUCCAGCAAAGCAAGUGGCAAAGUCGGUACGAAAUCUUCAUGAAAAGCGGUUGUGAGGAAGUAGCAGACAACUCCGAAUGUCCAGCCAAAUAG